GUUGAUUCUGAAAAGUAUGCACUGAUUGAUCUGCACAAGGAUAUUGAUCCAUACUUCACAUGGGCCAGCGACCAAAAGGCAAACUUUUGGGUUGUUGAUUCAAAGCAGCAUAUGAAAUGCAGGUUGUUAAUCUAUCUUCAUUGGAUGAUCACACAUGUGCCGGUUCAGCCACACUAACGGGACAUCAAGCUUCCACGUCUUGGAUAUCUCGAAGAACAAAAGAUAUUGUGCAAGAGGAUCCCACUCUGAGUGCAAAGAAGUUACAGAAAAGAUUGCAGACACAAUACAAGAUUGAGAUGUCAUAUUUUAAAGUGUGGGCUGGGAAGAAAGCUGCUAUGAAUGAGCUUCAUGGUACUUGGGAAGAGAGCUUCACAAUGUUAUGGAGAUUCAAAGCAGCUCUAGAAGAAGCUUGUCCAGGAAGCAUUGUUGAUAUCGAUUGCAAGAAGAUCAAUGGACAAAUGCAUUUUUCAAGGAUGUUUGUGUGCAUUAGAGCAUGUGUUGAUGGCUUUUUGGCUGGGUGUAGACCAUAUCUUGGUGUUGAUUCCACACACCUCACUGGUAAGUAUAAUGGACAGUUGGCUGCAGCAACUGCCAUUGAUGGACACAAUUGGAUGUAUCCAGUUGCGUAUGGUAUUUUUGGGAAAGAAAAUAAUGCCAAUUGGGCAUGGUUCAUGAGCAACCUCAAGAAAGCAGUUGGCACUCCACCUGGGUUGACGAUCCACACUGAUGCUUGCAAGGGACUAGCAUAUGGUGUCAAGAAAGCCUUUGGAGAUGAUGCAGAGCACCGUGAGUGUUUUAGACACCUAAUGGCUAAUUUUCGAAAGAAGUUCAAGGGCGAGGUACUGAAAUACAUGUGGCCUUGUGCGUGGGCAUGCACAAGUCGUAGACAUGAUGCAUUGAUGGAGAAAAUUGCAGCUGAUUGUCUUGCAUUUUUAAAUAAGCAUCACAAUCUGAUAUGGAGUAGAUCCAAAUUCUCCAAAGAGUGCAAAGUUGAUUAUGUUAACAACAACAUAUCAGAAUGCUUCAACAAUUGGAUUAAGGAUUACAAAGACCUUCCAGUUGACUAUCUGAUUGGACAAGAUUAG